AGUUAAACAGGCAUGAGUUUAGUCAGGAAUUCGUAGAAAAAAAAUAAUUUCUACCUAACGAACAGAAAAAAUUACAUAAAUACGAAUUCAAUAGGAAUUUAUGUACAAAAAUACCUAAAAUAUAAAUAAAAGCUAAGUGUAUAAUUGAAAUUUUACAUAAUGUACAAAUUUUUAACUUUAACCAGAGGCAAUAAGAGUUUAUUCGUGGGAAAACAAUGUCUGCAAGUUGUACAAAAUCAGCGUUGGUAUUCCCAACCUGGCAGACGGCCUGGCUUUUUUUCACAAUUCAUUGAUAACAUUAAAAAUGAAAUGGACAAAAACAAAGAAAUGAAAGAAAGCAUUAAGAAAUUCCGUGAAGAAGCUCAAAAACUCGAACAAUCUGAUGCUUUACAAUCGGCCAGACAAAAAUUCAAUAUAGUUGAAUCUGAGGCUCAAAAAUCAUCGUCCAUCUUAAAGGAACAAUUGGGUUCGAUAAAGGAAAAAGUAAGCGAUGUUUUGGAAGAAGCUGGUAAAACAGAAAUAGCUCAAAAAGCUUCUAAAAUAACAGAAGAAAUUUCGAAACAAGCUAAAACAGCCAAAGAGAGCAUAUCGGAGCAAGGAGAAAAAAUCGGUCAGACUUCAGCUUUUCAAGCGAUAUCGGACACAACAAAAUUGAUUAAGCAAGAAAUGGAUGCACAAAGCAUAAACUCGAGAGUUUAUAGAGCGCCGGCACGUCUGCGUAAGCGUAAAGAAGUCGAAUUCGGUGAAGAUGAACGUGUAGUAGAACCGAACAUGGAUGCCAUGGGUGUAGAAUUACAUAAAGAUUCGAAAUUCUAUCAAUCGUGGGAAGACUUCAAAAAUAACAAUGCUUACGUCAAUAAAGUACUCGAUUGGAAAAUGAAAUACGAGGAAUCCGAAAAUCCCCUCAUACGCGCAUCGCGCCUACUCACCGAUAAGGUGUCCGAUGUUAUGGGAGGUCUAUUUUCGAAAACAGAAUUAUCUGAAACCCUAACUGAACUAUGUAAAAUUGACCCGAACUUUGAUCAAAAGCAAUUCCUUAAAGAUUGUGAAACUGAUAUUAUACCAAAUAUUUUGGAAGCCAUGGUUAGAGGAGAUCUCGACAUUCUCAAAGAUUGGUGUUUUGAAAGCACCUUCAAUAUUAUAUCCACCCCUAUUAGUCAUGCCCUAAAGGCUGGUUUAUACUUAGAUUCGAAAAUUUUAGACAUUGAAAAUAUCGACUUGGCCAUGGGCAAAGUAAUGGAACAGGGACCCGUACUAAUUGUUACCUUCCAAGCACAACAGAUAAUGUGUGUUAGAGAGCGAUCAUCAAACAAAGUUGUUGAAGGAGAUCCCGAGAAAGUAAUGCGCGUCAAUUACGUGUGGGUAUUAUGUCGAGAUCCUAAUGAGUUAAAUCCAAAGGCUGCUUGGAGACUAAUGGAACUAUCAGCUAAUAGCCAAGAGCAAUUUGUCUAAUAUAUAUAUGAAACAAACAACUUCUACUGUUAUGUUUAAAACACACACCUCCUAAAACAUAGUUUUUAAGUUAUUAUUAUAUAGAUAUCAAGAUAAAUUGUGUCUUUGUUAGUUAAAAAUUAGAUGAGAAAACAUGUACUACUAGCUCUGCUUUUAAACUUUAUUACAGCGAAAGAAAAAAACUUGUACAAAAUAUAGUCCUUGUAAUUAUUAUAAACUUACAAGUCCAUACUUUCCUUACCUCAGUGACUUUUUGUUAAUAAUUGCAUUAGGAAAUAUUUUAUACGACUUUUUUAACAAUAACUUUAUUUUUAAUGAUUUAUUUGUAAUAGGUAUAUGUUUUUAAAUUGCUUAAAUUAUAAUAACUUUACUUAAAUGAUAGUACUAUUUUAGGCAAUUUAAAAACCAUUCUUUGUAAACAAAUUUUAUUAAACUUACACUUUCUAAAAAAAAAAUUCUUUACUUUUUUUAUGUAAAUAAAACCGAAUAUCAACAUUAAUAAAUAAUCUAUAACGCUAUUUAUAUACAUUUGUAUAUUUUAAUAUUAAAGCAAAUUUCCACUAUGUGGCUUAAAAAGAAAAUUAUGAACGACAUAUAAAAAAUGUGUUAGAGAUAAAAAUGUUGAUCUAUUUUUUAAAUAAAAUUAUGAAAAAAUAUAUAUGUAUAUAAAA